AUGACACACACUAGACAAGAAGGACUAGCAAGAUUCGCUCCUGAAAUUGAGAGGACCCUUCGCUUAUUGCAAAGGGCCAACAGAGGUAAAGCAAGAGAGGAGGUUGAUAUUGGCGAACCAGCAAUAGAAAUUGGGGAAGAAAUGGCAGAAGCAAAUCGCACCCUCCUAGACUAUGCUUGUCCAACCAUUGAUGGGGCGACAUCCAACAUUUGCAAGCCUACAAUUCAGGCCAACAAUUUUGAAAUCAAGCCUGCAAUAAUUCAAAUAAUUCAGACAAGUAUUCAGUUUAGUGGGUUACCAAGUGAUGACCCAAUUGCACACAUUGUUAACUUCUUAGAAAUAUGUGAUACAUUUAAACAUAAUGGAAGGGAAUCCUUGUAUGAAGCAUGGGAACGAUCCAAGGAGAUGCUUAGGAAGUGUCCUCACCAUGGGAUAACAACUUGGCGUCAAAUUCAUACUUUUUAUAAUGGUAUUACCCUCUCUAAUCGAUCUAUUAUUGAUGCAGCUGCAAGUGGCACAAUCAUGAGAAAAACAUCGGAAGAAGCUUAUGAUGUAGUAGAGGAGAUGGUAUCGAAUAGCUACCAAUGGAGCAAUGACCGAACCAAUCAAAGGGGAGUACACCACAUCAAUUCCCUUGCAGCCCUAUCUGCGCAAAUUGCUAAUCUGAAUAAGAAACUUGACACCUUUAAUAUUGCAGCCAUUAAUGCAUCAUCUAGCAUCUCAUGCGAUUCAUGUGGUCAAAUAGGACAUACUAAUUCUGAUUGUCCAUUAAGUAGCCCUUUUAUUUCCCAUGAGAAUGCUAAUUUUAUCUCUUAUGCUGGUAGACCAAAUUUCAAUCCCUACUCAAAUACAUACAACCCAGGGUGA